AUGGGUAAUACUGACAGUAACACUAUUUCUGGACUGAUGAUAAAUUUAACGAAUCGAUCAACCAAUGAUCCAGUCUAUUUCUUGGGUGAACAUGUGGAAUGUACUAUUCAACUUCAGGAUACAGAACAAUUUUCUGAUUUUAAAUUGAAAGAUGCUUAUGUUGAAUUAGUUGGUGAAUUUCCCUGCAUGACAAGUAUAACACAAGGUGACCCUAGUAAUAUGGCCGGUAUGGUGCCUAUCAUAGAGCAAGUUGCUUUUUUCAACGAACGUCGAAGUAAAUAA